GUCUGACGUCAUUAGCUGGCGCCUGCCAGCAACAUCACCAGUAGGUACAGCAGCAGCUGUCAGUAUGGCUGGCACUGGGCUGGCAGCGUUCAGCGGGAAGGUAUGGGAGCCGGUGCUGGCGAAGUCCCGCCGGGCGGUUGUGUUUAUGGACGAACCGUGCGCGGAGAUCCUGCACUGGUGCGGCGGCGCUGAGCUGCUCUUAGCGGCCGGGGCGUUGAACAUCAAGGAGUUUUCCAGUUUCGAGUCCGGUAGCCCCGGGCAGCCCAAGGCGGUGUUCGUGGUGAGCAGCCCGCUGCGGGGCCGGGCGUUGGAGGUGAUCCGGGACGUAGUCACCCAGAGCUGCUUCCAGUACUGCGUGGUGGUGACGGCGCUGAGCCCCGCGGAGCCGGAGGAACAGGCAGCCCAUGAGCAGCUGGAGGAGAAGCUGUGUGAGUGGAUGGGGAACAUGGGCUACACAGCCGAGGUGCUGUGGGCCCCGCUGUUGCUGGCCCCUGUCAGCCCCCACCUCUUCCUGGCCCCCUCCUUCCAUUACCUCUUCCCCUUCCUACCAGCCUGGGACCUACAGGCCCUGAACCGCAGCCGCCCGGACAAGAAGCGGUUCCCUGGACUGGGCGAUGUGGACUUCCCUUCACUCCCCCAUGAGCUACAGACUCGCAUCAGGAGCCUGGUGUCAGGGCUACACCACCUCAUGGAAGGCAUUGGGGUGCGGGAGGAGUGCUUCUCCGUGGGUCACCUCAGCCGAAUCAUUGCUGGAGAACUGGCUAAUUACCCCCAGGCGAAGAACCGCAGGAAGACUGCGCAGAACAAGGCGUCACUGGUCUUCAUAGACAGGAUCCUCGAUGUUACGGGAGCUAUUGGUCAUCAUGGGGACAGUCUUGUAGAGAAGGUCCUGUCCUUUCUUCCCCGUAUUCCUGGACACAAAACUGAUGUCAUGAUUAACAUGGAUGUACUCACACAUUUACGAAUUGAUGGUGACAAUGAGGGGAUUAUAGCACCUGGAUGCUUAUCACAGCCAAAUGACCCUGCUGCCAAAUCCUUGUUGGAGUCUCUGCUGAGCAUGAAGCACAAGGAGGCAGUGAUGGAAGUGAGAAGACAACUUGUAGAUGCAGCCAGCAGAGAGAAGCUGCCCAUUAAGAUGAGCAUGGGUAGAGUAACACCAGAGCAACUCCGAUCACAUGUCCUGCUCUUCAAAGAGAAUGACCAAGCCAUAGAAAACCACUGCGGCCUGCUCCAGCUGGCAUUGGCCACAGUCCAGACUCUAAAGCAUCCCCAGUGCAUCAAGUGGGACAGCUUCCUGGCAUUUGAAAGACUCAUCUUACAGAGUACUGGGAAAUCAGAGCUACCGACAGUCCUCAAUCAGAUGUACCCCAUGAUUAAGUCUCACAAUGAAAGAGGUCCUGAUGACUUCAGCACUGAGGAGCUUUUCAUGCUACUGGUUUAUAUAUACUCUGUGACUGGAGAGGUCCAGAAGAAUUCAGAGCUGGAUGUCAUAGAAGGUCAAAUGAGGAAAGUUCUCAUCCAGUGUUUGUGUGAUGAACCUGAGCUGAGCCCUCUGCUUCAGAAGAUAACAGGAUGUGAAUGUCCCCGUGAACUAACACUGGAAAAGUCCACGGCUGCAGUGGAUAAAAUCUUUGCCACCUUGUGGGAUCUCACGAAGGUUCGAGCUCACUUGAAAUUAUUCAACUCUGUUCAUGUCCCUGGGAGCAAUGUACAACAGGCCUCAUACAAGCCCCUACUGAGGCAGAUUGUUGAAGAGAUCUUUCACCCCGAUCGUGCAGAACCCAAGGAUAUCGAGCACAUGUCAUCUGGCCUCACUGACCUACUCAAGACCGGAUUCAGUAUGUUUAUGAAGGUAAGCCGCCCACAUCCUGGGGACUCUUCCCUCCUGAUCCUAUUUGUGAUUGGAGGAGUCACUGUCUCAGAAGUCCGGAUGGUAAAAGAUCUUGUAUCAACUCUCAAGCCUGGGGUUCAGGUGGUUGUUCUGUCCACAAGACUUCUGAAACCGCUCGACAUUCCUGAGUUACUGUUUGCAACAGACCAUCUGCACCCAGACACCGGCAUUUGAUUGUUGUCAUCUUUCAGCUGAGUGAUGAUCCUGGCUUAAAUACACAACUCUGGCUCUGAUUGUCUUAAUUUCUAAAACAUGCCUGGAGCUAUGAAGAUUUCACAAAAGUUUUUGUUAAUUUCUCUGAAAUGUGUAUUUGAAUAGAUAAUUGGUAGCACAAGCAGUGUUCCAGAGAUGUCCCUUGCUACCAUCCUGCUCUCUGACAUUAUCUGUAUUCUCACUGUAAAGACAGCGGUUCUUUAGCAGGGAAUGCUCUCUGUCUUAUGGCAGCAGAACAGUAUGCUUUAAUAUAUUGCUCAUUAUCUGCUUUACUCAAUCUUGACACAUUCUGACACUAAUAAAACAUGUUUGCCAGUA